ACAGGUCAUGAGACUGCUGGUUGCGUUUCCCUGCAGUGCUGACCGCAAAGUCCAAACUAGAGCCCUGUUGAUAAAUAGGGAUGAGUUCGCUUCAUCCUGAGGUGCUGCUUUUCUUCACACUGAUCAGCCUUGCUUCAGGGCUGCAGUUUGCAACCUCGUACUUUUCCCAGGUGCCCUUCCUCGCAGUGUGGAAUGCCCCUACCGCCAGCUGUCUUUCUCAAUAUGGCGUGGACCUCGACUUGGGCACGUUCAGCAUCGUCCAGAACCAGAACCAAACCUUUUUGGGUGACAACAUGACCAUCUUUUAUGCUGAAAAGCUUGGUCUGUAUCCCAGGUACUCCAGCCAAGCAGAGGCUAUCAAUGGUGGGGUGCCACAGAACGCCAGUCUAGAUGAACACCUGAGAGCGGCCUCUGAAGAUAUCCGCACCCUUAUCCCUGACAGGGACUUCCAGGGCCUGGCUGUGGUGGACUGGGAGAGCUGGAGACCUGUGUGGGAGAGAAACUGGGACAGUAAGGAGGUGUACUGGAAGGGGUCGAGAGCGCUAGUGAGGUCCAGGCACCCAGACUGGAGCCCCGCGCAGGUAGACGCUGCUGCACGGCUGGAGUUUGACGAAGCUGGGAGGAAGUUCAUGGAGGAAACACUGAAACUGGGCCAGCAGGAAAGACCAAACGGGCUGUGGGGUUAUUAUGGUUUUCCCAACUGCUACAACUACUACAGCAGCAAAAGCACAAACUACACAGGGGAGUGUCCAGAUGCAGAGAUCAAGAGGAACGACGGGCUGCUGUGGUUGUGGAACGUCUCCUCCGCUCUUUAUCCCGACAUCUACCUCAGCCUCGAUCUGCGAGGCCUCGGCAGAGAAGUACUCCUCUACACCCACCACCGCAUCCUGGAGGCCAUGAGAGCAGGAGACCUGCUGACCCCAUCAUCACCACCCGUGUUCCCGUACACUCGCAUCGUCUACACAUACACAUUAGAUUUCCUCUCUCAGGAGCACCUGGUCUACACCAUUGGAGAGAGUGCAGCUUUAGGAUCUGCAGGGGUGGUGCUUUGGGGUGACCAUGCCUUCUCCAAAUCUAAGGCCACUUGUGAUGCUGUCAAAUCCUACAUUGAUGAGACUCUGGGUGUUUACCUGGUGAACGUAACGGCAGCGGCCACUCUUUGCAGCCAGACCUUGUGCUCCUCUCAGGGAAGAUGCCAGAGGAGGAACCCGAACUCAAAGGCCUACCUCCACCUGGACCCUGCCAUGUGGAAGGUGGUGUCUGAGAGGAGACCGGAGGGGGGGCAGAACUACAGAGUUUUAGGACAGAUGAGCACCAGUGAGGUGACGCCCAUGAAGUCUGAGUUUCAAUGCAAAUGUUACCAAGGUUGGGGUGGUGAGAGCUGCUCCAAGCCACUUCAGGGAUAAGAGACUUGAGGCUGGUAAACCAAUGACAGUGUGGGUCUAAUAGAUUUAAAGCUUGGCCCAGAGGUGCUGUAGAUAUCUGCAUGCAUGCAUGUGGUCUCCUUGAAUGGAAAUGUCCAAAUCUUUUACCAGUAUGUUCUGUUAAUUGAUUGACUUGUGUAGUUUUCCUUAAUUUAUGUGGGAGAUAAAAAAUGUGUUGUUUACAAACAUAAAAUCUUUUUUUUACCAUUUGAGUUCCAAAGAUCUGCUUUAAACUGUCUAUGAGAAUACACUGUUUAGGUCACCCUCCACUCAAAAAUGUGCUCAUUGUCACUUCUCUUGGAUGUUUGAACUUCUGUGUGCGGAGUUCAACACUGGAGGGCUUCACAUUCAUUUGCUGAAGGAGGAAAGUUUCUCUGUGUUCACCUUAAAUCUCAGUUUAAGACGCGUACAUAUGAGCUGAUUUCAGGACACCACAAUUAGCAUGAAGGCUAAUUUUGAUACUAACAAAAUUAAUAAAUUCUGGAGUCGUCAAUGAAUGAGAAGGAGUAGACAAGAGGCUAUCUUCUGUGUUAGGUUUGUUUGUCUGUUUAUCAGCAGGAUUGUGGAAAAGCUACUGGCCUGAUGAGAUGAAGCUUGCUGGAAGGGUGUAGCCUCGGCCAAGGAAGUGUGGAUGGGGCAGAUCUGAAUCACAAGGCGAAUACACGAAUCAUUUUUCACUGUCAUUAACAUAGAGGGAUAAGCCAUUUGGCCUUGGUGGAGUGAAUGCAAUACAUUUUAUAAUCCAGUAGAUGGUAGUAAAGUUGAAUAGAGACAAAACAGCCAAUUGUAGAAAUAUGACGAAUCUACAUCACAAUCCACAUUCACAGGUACCACUAACCCUCUGAGGGAGACUACGCAUGUAGCUGCUCACACUUCAUACAGAAAGCAGUUGUGAUGGAGCACUCGGGGUCUGUUUUUUUGGGAGAACCUGAACGACUCUAAUAACACUUUUUCUCAAACUGAGGUGUGGCCAUGGAAACGUAAACACACACGUAUCAUGCAACAUAUUAUCCUCUUACUCACAUCCAAAAGAGGAGCUCUAAUAGUUUUGGGGAUGUAUCCAGACAUAUGUUGGUCUUGUGGUUGCACGAGUGGACGUUUGGCCUUGGUGGAGGUCUCUGCUCUCUUGAGUGUCUUCUGGUUUUAAGAGUUUUGAAGUCGUUAAUUGAAUGUUUUGUUUUUUGUUUUGUUUUUUCAAAGUGUAGCGUCAUUUACAGCAAUAGAGAGUGUUUUCCUGUCAAAAAUGUCUGAAGGGUGGCUUUAAUGUUAAUUAUAUUUCUAUAAUUAUAAGUAAGCAUACAGCCUAUAAUUACGUGGUGCUUGUGUGGAUACAUAGCAUAUGAUCAGCUAGUAAAACAUGAUUCAUUGCUUGAGAUUAAACUGCCCACAUUGACUAAAAACAUUUAAAAAACUGCUUACAAAUGUAUUAAUAAUCCAAUAAUUUAUAUUUUAUUGAGAGAAACCUGUAUGAAGGGCCCAGUCUGUGUAAUGAGUACAUUUGGCUCAUAAUAUUUUUGUACAUUUACUGAAUACUUCUUCCAUCUCCGUCUGGAAGGGAUCUAUUGAAAUACUGUUUUGUUGAGACUUG